AUGUAUUCACUGGUGUUUUUGUUGGUGUGCCCCUUCGCGGCCUCAGUAGCCAACGCCCUGGAAUUUACUUCCGUCUACGAGUGGAAUGAGUUCAAGUUCACCUUGCCUGAUAACUCCAGCAAAAGCUUGAAUCCAACGAAAUUUGAAGAUUCGUAUCUUGCAGUGACUUGCGAAAAGGUGUUUAUUGCACUCCACUAUGAGAACAAGGAAAUUCAUUGCUCUUUGGCCUGGCUUCCAACCGACGCGACAUCGACGUCUCCUCAGCUUUAUCCUUACCCUUCGUGUGAUUUGAAGGGAAGAGAUAACUGCCAAACGAUCCAAAGUGCAAGAGGUUUGACGGUGGACAGAGUUGGUAGACUUUGGGUUCUUGACAACGGCAACGCAAAGUGUCCACCAAAACUCUUGAUCUUCAAUUUGAAGAACGAUUCCGUGGAGUUCAUCCACGAGUUUCCUCACGACGUCGUUAACAAUGGCUCGAGGUCCCUGCAACUGCAUGACCUUGUUCUGGACGAAACAGAGAAUGCCGGCUCUCUUGCGUAUAUAUCAGUUAAAGAUACUCACUUCCUUGUUUUCGACUUAAAAAGGAAUCGCUCAUGGCGCGUACAAAUCAACAAUAACAUAAUCAUUCAAGCUUUGGCGCUCUCGCCGCUGAAGAACAGGACUCACCUUUUCGUCAGCCAAUACAUCUCCAAAGAACUCUUCUACAUUUCAGUAUCGAACCUCAGGGCUGAAGAGAAAAAUGUGACGCUAACACCAGUAGGAAAUAAGACCACCUUUUCAAACAGGAUGACAAUGGACGAUAGGGGACUUCUUUACUUUGACCUGGGGCUAAACCUUUCCGUGUCCGUUUGGAACUCAAGUGACUCAUUCUUUGAAAAGCAGGUUUAUCAGAAUGAAAGUAUUGAAAAAACGGAGCCUAUAACAUUUUCGUUGGACAAUAAUGGAUAUUUAUGGGUUAUGGCAAUUUACACCAAUGAGCCGAAGAUAAGGAUUCAUAAAGCAGAAGUCAGUGGGAAGUCUUCCCUACAAUGCGAGAAAGAGUCUCCUGGCCAUUCUGGCUAUUCUAUCUUCUAUGACAAUACCACCACCCCUUAUUAUCCACUUCCGACCUCAGUUGCCGAGCCAAAGGAAAAUACUUGCAGUGACAAACUUGGUUUAAACAUCCUAAACAUAAUUUUGUCGUGCUGGAACGUUUUCUGCCUCUCCUCGAUUGCAUCCCAGAUCGUUUGGUUCCAAAAGAUGAAAAAGACGCAAGAUAGGCUUGCCAAAACUAAUCAGGAACCUGCUGAAACUUCUAUCGAUGACGACGAAGGUGAACAUAUUUACGAAGAAAUCGGUCCGAGGUCCACUUCCACGCGCCGCAGGAGAGCCGAGUCGCGCGUGUAAUCUGUGUUUCUUUAUACUUCCUUGUGAUAUAAAAUAUAAGUAAUCGAUUUAAUGCUUAUCAGCUUUAGUUAAAAUAAACUAACGUAUUAUGUAUGUAGAGCGAUGUAUCUCAUAUCUCAUUUAAUUAUAAUUACAUAGCUUGCAAUUAGUGUGAUGUAUCGACGAGUUUCUCUUCUGGCUGUUUGUCGGACUUAAAAAUAAAUUUGAA